GAGAAUGGUCAUCCUCUUUCAUGGGAUGUAGAUAUUCCAAUCGACGCAAAGCCACUGAGAGUUUUUACUUCUACCAUUGACAAUACUGUCAAGUAUGAUGAUGAUUUUACAGGUACAUCAAGCAAUGAAGAGGAAAAGAGGGUAAUAAUGGGAAGGAAGAGGUCUGCUCCAUUAGAAAUGGAGGAGAUUCGAAAGCACUUUGAUAAGCCCAUUACGAAGGCAGCCAAAGAAAUGAAGGUGGGAUUAACUGUUUUGAAGAAGAGGUGUAGAGAACUCAGUAUAAUGAGAUGGCCUCACAGAAAAAUCAAGAGCUUGAAAUCUCUUAUAAGAAACGUCAAGGAGAAAGGGCUGACUAAUGAAGCAGUAAUGCUAGAGGAGCAUCAAAGGCUUCUUGAGAAAAUGCCAGACAUGGAGCUCAAUGACUCCACAAAGAAGCUCAGGCAGGCUAUUUUCAAAGACAAUUACAAGAAGAGAAGGUGCCUUGAAGCCCAUGCUUGA